AAUAUUUGAUAUUGAAUUUAAUAAAGAUACAACUUUUAAACAAGUUGAGAAAAUUACAUUAGAUUUAGAAAUUGAGGGACAAAUAUUAAAAGACACAGCAACAAAUUUAUUUUACUGGAGACAAAUUUGGAAGAAUAAAAUAAAUAAAUAUUCUAUUAUUGAAAAUAUUGAUGAUAUAACUGAUAGAGUUAUAACUAAUAUUCCAAAAUCAAAUCCUGAAAAUCAAAUUAUAGUUGCAUCAAAAGAAAUACAAAAUAAUUUAAUACAAAAAUAUCAUGAAAGAUAUAAUUCAGAUAUAUCAGAAUAUAACUCUGAUGAUUCAGAUUAUAUAAAACAACAAAAGAGAAAAAACAAAAUUCUAGGAAAAAGAAAAAAUUUUGAUGAAAAUAAUAUUGAAUUUGAUAAAAUUGAUAAACAACAACUACAAAUUCAACAGAAUUAUCAAGAAAAUUUAUUAAAUAAGCGACAAAAAAAAGAUGAAAUUGAUAAUUUUAAUUAUAAUGAAGAGAUAAAAUUAGAUAUUAAGUAUGUUGAAAAUAAUGAAAAUUUACCUAUUAAAUUUGCUAGAAUUAACCAAAAUAAUUCAUAUUUAAAAGGUUUAGAACGACUUCUUAAAAAAGUUUAA